AAACACUUCAGUGCAGACUUCUCUUCUGACGCUCUAUAAGACCACUGAUCAUUUUAAACCCAGGUUUAAGACCACUUUGAAAGAUGCGUUCAUUCCUCCUCGUGGCCUUGUGUGCCGCUCUGUGCUACGCCAGCUCUGAGAACAACCAGCCAGAUAUAGAGACUCUCAUGGAUAAGGUUCUGGUCCUGAGGGUGCCUUACGGUAGAAGCAGCAGGGUGUUUGUUAAUCUGAGUUGUGGGGAGGCUCAUCAGAACCAGCCUGUGUUUUGGAAGAAAGACGGCGAGGAGCUCAAACCAGCUCUCCAGGGGAACAACGUCAAAGUUCUGGUGGUGGAAAUGAAUGGAGGAAACUACACCUGUCACCAGAGCCCAGGCGGAGAAUACCUCAACCACACUGUGAUCAUGGUGCGACUAAAGCCCGACAACAGGAAUGUCAUACUGAAGGAACAAUCCCCCAAAGAAGGUUACAUCCACUGCUCAGCAUCAAACUACAACGGCUCCUUCCACUGCAGCUGGACGAGAAAAGCUGAGAGACCCAACGCUGCUGUGCUCCUUGUGAACGCCGAGCGUCAUCCGGAAAAUAUUUCCUGUGAGCUGGACGCCGAUGGAUCAGGAGUCCUCUGCCGGGACUUAAACUGCCCACAUUACGAGGAAAUGCACAGCAUCUCACUCACCGUCUACUUAUACAGCUACUCUCGCCUGGAGGCCUACACCAAGACCUUCUACCUGAGAGAUAUUGUGAGGCCUGCAAAACUCCACAACCUGCACCUCAGUGAUGAGAAUGUGUUCAGCUGGAGCAGCCCGGAGACCUGGGAGAAGCCCUGCACAUACUUCCGCCUGCAGUUCGAGGUCAAAGUGGUCCCAAGAGGCCUAGACUGCACCAGUGAGGAGCACAUUCGGAACAACACCACGGAGCUGACUCAGUACGAGGUCGAUGUUAAAACCAGGAGGUAUGUUUUCUGCGUGCGAGCUCAGGACAAAUUCACCGGAGGGCUGUUCAGUCACUGGAGCAGCUGCAAGGUGAAUAAAGACAGCGUUGAGUGCUAGAUGCUUUCAACGGACUGCAGCCAUGAAGACGGGACAGAAGAAAGGGACGAUUUUGAACGCUGAUUUUGUAUCUUCACACACUUGAAUGAAUGAAUGUGUACAUGUACAGUAUUUAUUGAUCACGUAUUGAACUUUUAAGUUUCACUAUAUUAACAUUUUAAAACAAUUAUUUGUUAUAAGUUAAAAAUGAAGGAUUGUAAUCUGUAACCCUCCAGCAGGGGGCCGGGGUUUGAUUCCAACCUGAGGUCCCCUCUCUGAAUAUCACCCCCCACUCUCCCCUUGUU